AUGUUGGAAACGAAGACUUUACAAAUAUACUGGCAUGAAUCACAGCCGAUAUAUUCGCUCACAUUUCAGCCUUCGAAAGGACCACAUGGCUCAAGCAUCCCAAGGUUAGUUACUGCAGGUGGGGACAAUAAGGUUCGUGUGUGGCAAUUAAAUACUCAAAAGGACACUUGUAAUAAGAUUGAAUCAAUUGACUUUAUGUGCUCUUUAGUUCAACAUGAGCAAGCUGUUAACGUUGCUCGUUUCAAUCCUAACGGAGAUAUUUUAGCAACUGCAGGCGAUGAUGGGCUAUUAUUGACUUGGGAGAAAAAUGAAUCAAUUAUUAAAGAAUUUGGUGUUGAAGAUGAAGAAUUUGAAGACUUUAAAGAAUCAUGGCGUAUCAAGAGUAAAUUGCGGGCUGGAUCUGCGACGGGUCCAUCAGAGAUUUAUGAUUUAGCAUGGUCGCCCUGUGGGAAAUAUAUUGUGACAGGUUCAAUGGAUAAUAAUGUUCGUAUUUAUAAUGUUGAGGAAAAAGUUUGUUGCGCCCAAGUUUCUGACCAUAACCAUUAUGUACAGGGAGUUGUUUGGGAUCCUCAAAAUGAGUAUAUUAUAUCACAGUCUGCUGAUCGGUCAGUGCAUAUAUAUAAGAUAAUCAGAGAUGCAAACGAUAACCUCAUUAAUGGACUGAAAUUGCACCAUAAGAUUACUAAAGGAGAGCUACCAAAGCGUGCUGAAGGUGAAAAUUGCAGAAUGCUCCAAUUUGCCGAUGUAAGAUCGUCGUAUUUGUUCCAUAACGAGACCCUUCCGUCCUUUUUUAGGAGGCCUGCGAUAUCUCCCUGUGGGAACGUUUUAUGCGUACCAGCAGGGAUAUUCAAAACUAGUGGCGAGGAACCUAGUGUAGGCAACAAUGAGUUCGCUAAUGCCGUAUAUAUAUAUACGCGAUCAUCAUUGAAGCAUAAGCAAAGCACGCCCGUAAUGGCUCUUCCAUUCCUUCGCAAACCGGCCCUUGUGGUGAAGUUCUGCCCUACCGCCUAUGAAUUACAAGAAAACUCUACUGCAUGGCUAAAGUUACCAUAUAAGCUAGUUUUUGCGGUUGCAACAAGUACUGAAGUUUUCAUAUAUGACACUGAAAACGAAAGGCCGAUAGCUAUUAUUGGCAAUCUUCAUUACAAUCCUUUAACAGAUUUAACAUGGUCCAAAACUGGAGAUAUGCUGAUGGUUUCAUCAACAGACGGCUUCUGUUCUUGCUCAUCACUAAAUACAGAUCUCUUUGGGGUAACUUAUAAGGAAGAACUAAAUACUAGAUAUGUCGGCAUAGAGCAUAUGAAUAAGAGAUCAGCCUCUUCAAGUUGUAAGUCUAAAACUCCAAUAAGAGGAACACCGCCUAAAAAACAGCAGACGCUGGCUGAAGUAACGCAGAAUUUAGUAACUAUAGGCGGCUCAUUGAUUAAUACGGAACAGAAAGUAAAACAAAAAAGAAGAAUACAACCCACGCUGGUUGCUGAUAAAAAAGAUAGUGCGUGA